CACCAGCAUGGCGGCCGUCGACCUGGCCUGGGACGAGCCGGCGCGCCGCGGCGGCCGCUACUCGCCGCGCGCCGUGCGACGCCUCGCCUCUUCGUCCGAAGAGCGCGUCACCGACGUCUCCUCGGACACGCUGGUGCCGCGCAGGCCGUUCCUGUACCGCAUGCGAGACGACGACUACGGCGAAGAGUCCGAGUACAGCAGCAGUAGCAGCGAGGUCGCAUCGGCGCGCCGCCGCAAAAGCGGCAGCAGCAGUGUGCUCAGCUGGGGCCGCAGUCCCGCACCGGGCUCCGUAUUCGCCGUCGUCAGCACAGCCGUCGUGUUGCUGUGCUCGGGGGCGCUUCUGUACCUUUACGUGAACUGGUCCAACGACCGGCUGAGCCAGCAGCAGCUUGCAGCGGCCACCAAGCGCGCCCCUGCGGUUGCAGCCGCCUCCGGUUCGAACGCCGUGUCCUCCAGCACUCCUGCCGCCGACAACGCCACCACCGAAGCGUCCAGCAAGCAGGCCUCCGAGAGUUCGACCGAGAAACCGUCGCAGCAAGAGCAACAGCAACAACAGCAGCAGAGUCCAUUGCACAGCGUGUGCCUCACGCGCUUCUGCCUGGCACAUUCGUCCUAUCUCGAGGGUUACCUGGACUGGGCGGCCGACCCGUGCGCGGACUUCUACGCGUUCGCGUGCAGUCGAAGACGCCGAGCGUCCGACGCGCUCCUGGCGGCGCGCACGGAGCGCGCCCUGCUGGAAGUCCUGCGCGCCAGGCCGCCGCCGCUCCUGGGACUGUGCUGGAAAGGAUCGACGCAGACGGGACUGCGACAGCUGCGCGAGCUGCUCGAGGACGUGGGCCUGGCCGGAUGGCCGUACCGCAACAAUCGAGACCACGUGGACGCGUGGCAAGUCGCAGCCACGCUCACCAGGGACCUCGGCUUGGACGCGCUGCUCGCCGUCGAGUUGCUACAGCGCCGGAGGCGGAGCAGCGGCGGCGCCAAGAGGAGCAGCGGUUGAGUCGAGUGGUCACAGAGCAGCAGCAGGCACCACCGCGCCAGCGCCGCCACCGGACCAUCUUCAGCGAGCAGCAGCUAGCGCAUCUGGAGGCGGCGUUCGCGCGCACCCACUACCCCGACGUGGCGCUGCGGGAACAGCUAGCGCUGCGCGUUCACCUGCGGGAGGAGCGAGUGGAGGUGACAUGUUCGAUCGGCCGCGCGCGGCGCUCGCGUCUCAGACCGCGCGCUGACGAGCGCACGCCCGUUGCAGGUGUGGUUCAAGAACCGGCGGGCCAAGUGGCGAAAGCAGCAGCAGCAACAGCAGCAGCAGUCGCCGGGUCCCGCCGCCGCGGCGGUGCUACCGUGCUGCGUCAACGACGGGACGACAGUCGUGUGCACCGCAA